GAAGUCUAUACGUGCCGAGAGGGCCUACACCAUGUCCGGCAUGGCACAACUUGCAGCUCGUUGUCCUUGCCAGACCGACGGGUGACGGCUGACGCGGAGUGUAAGUCAACGUCGGCAUCGUCGUCGUCGUCGUCGUCGACGAUUUUCAGUGAAAUCGAGUUCCGAGGUCGCGUAAACACCGCGUGGUGAGACGAGAUACGUUUCUUUCCUAGUCGUUACCGAGUAAAUCGAAAGUGAAAUCAUCCUUGGUCGUCGAUCGUGUGUAAAUCGUGUGAUCUCUGAGUCGUCCGCAGGUUCGUAAUCGCGUUCGCGCUGCUCGGGCGUCAAAGGUCGUGCGGAUGACGUUUACUCGUCGACCGAUCACUGCAGGUAGAACGGUAUAUCACAGCUGAAUUUUGAAUGACCGUCUUUUGUGCACCGCGUAUUCCUCCCACAUCUUGAUGUACCGCUAGUCGGUGGUUUGUUCGCUCCUUUUCGCCUGCCUGACUGCUUGACUGUAACCGCCUACGACCUCCGGAGCCAACGAGCCUUGCUUCGGCCGUUCGCGCUCUUGCAGCUUGCACGACAGUGGACCUCGCGAAUAACAAAGGAACUUGGACGAUACUGGUGUAAGGCGGCUGUCGGGACGCAACCGGAUUUCUCCGCCCGGCACGAGUCGCUGGUGAUUCGGGUACCAUCCGACACCGUGAUACGAGCUUUUGGAAGAGAGGUUGGCGCAACCCACGCCGAACAUGAAGGUCCGAAAUUACCCGGGUCGCGCCGUCCUCGAGGACCCGGAGCUGCUUCUGGACCCGGAUGCGACUCGAGGCCGUGCCAUGGAAUUGCUGUACGAAGCCAGCUGGCGAGAGUGCGGUGUUAACUGGACUAACACCUCGAGGAAUUCGUCGGUGACACGCAAUUCCGAGGGGGAUAUUAGGCAACCGUACGCCAAGGUGAUAUCCCAGCUCGAAGGCGUUCUUGACGGCGAUUCCGCAUCCCCUGAACAGCACCGUUCGCCCAGGUCGAGCAGCGAGCUCACCACCGACAGCGAAGCUUCGGACAAUGGUCAGGGCAAGGGGACCAGGACGAAUGGGAGCGGGAACGGGAACGGUCAGGGCGGAUUCUUGAUUCCUAGGCCCAGACUUAUCGUGCCUGUUCACACCUACGCAAGGAGAAGACGGACCGGUGCUCCUCCUGCGAGAAGACGACCCCAUCAGGAACGCGAAGAGGGUAAGGUCGAGGUGUCAAGAGAUGGGAAAUACCUCAGUACGCUGGCGCCGGUUAAAGUUCUCGGUGAAUUGGCAAUUUUAUACAAUUGUAAAAGAACAGCCACCAUAACAGCCGCGACGGACUGCCAAUUGUGGGCCAUUGAUCGUCAAUGCUUCCAGACUAUCAUGAUGAGGACUGGACUUUCUCGUCAAACCGAAUACACCGACUUCCUCAAGAGCGUUCCCAUCUUCAAAAACCUGCCCGAAGAAACCCUCAUAAAAAUCUCCGACGUUUUAGAAGAGACUUUCUACAAUAACGGAGAUUACAUAAUCAGACAGGGUGCGAGAGGCGAUACGUUCUUUAUCAUAAGUAGGGGACAGGUGCGCGUCACGAUUAAACAACCUGAUACCACUGAGGAAAAGUUUAUUCGAACCUUGAGCAAGGGUGAUUUCUUUGGAGAAAAAGCUUUGCAGGGGGAUGAUCUUAGGACUGCCAAUAUUAUAGCUGAUGACCCAGAUGGUGUGAGCUGCUUAGUUAUAGAUCAGGAAACAUUCAGGCAACUGAUUUCCUCUUUAGAUGAAAUUAAAACUAGAUACAGGGAUGAGCAAGUAGUACGCACAAGGCUCAAUGAGGAAUUCAGAGAAUUGCGGUUACAAGAUUUACGUCCGUUGGCGACACUUGGUGUUGGUGGUUUUGGCAGAGUAGAACUGGUACAAAUUGCCGGCGACAACAGCCGGUCGUUCGCCUUGAAGCAAAUGAAAAAGUCACAAAUAGUAGAAACUCGUCAGCAACAGCACAUUAUGUCUGAAAAAAAAAUUAUGGGAGAGGCUGACUGCGACUUUGUCGUCAAAUUGUUCAAAACCUUCAAAGAUAAGAAAUACUUGUACAUGCUGAUGGAAGCUUGUCUUGGAGGAGAAUUGUGGACGAUAUUAAGGGACAAAGGACAUUUUGAUGAUAGCACUACCAGAUUCUACACUGCAUGUGUCGUGGAAGCUUUCGAUUAUCUUCAUUCGCGAAAUAUUAUCUACAGAGAUCUCAAGCCUGAAAAUCUUUUAUUGGAUAGCCAGGGAUAUGUCAAAUUAGUAGACUUCGGUUUUGCCAAACAUUUGGAAAAUGGAAAAAAAACCUGGACGUUCUGUGGCACUCCAGAAUAUGUUGCGCCAGAAGUAAUUCUCAACAAAGGACAUGACAUCAGUGCAGAUUAUUGGUCCCUUGGAGUUCUGAUGUAUGAACUCUUAACAGGCACACCACCAUUCACGGGAGCCGAUCCCAUGAAGACCUACAACAUAAUAUUAAAAGGAAUAGAUGCCAUAGAAUUCCCAAGGUCUAUUACACGGAAUGCAACUGCCCUGAUAAAAAAACUGUGCAGGGAUAAUCCUGCGGAACGCCUUGGAUAUCAAAAGGGUGGCAUUAGCGAAAUACAAAAGCAUAAGUGGUUCGAUGGCUUCAAUUGGGAAGGAUUGCGAGCAAGAACACUGGAGCCACCAAUCAUGCCUCGAAUUCGCAGUGCAAUAGACACCGCAAACUUUGAUGUGUAUCCACCAGAUUCGGAUCCACCACCUCUUGAUGACACUUCUGGAUGGGACAAUGAUUUCUAACCCAAACUCCGUGAUUAGCCAGAAGGCUCUCUAUACAGUUGUUUACCCAUCACUCGGAUGACCGCGUGAUUGGCAGAGUAUAUUUUUAUAAUUAAUUAUAACUAUUGAUUACUUGCCGCGAGUAUUUUUUCAAAUAUCUCAUGGCGGGUUCGACACUAAAGAACAGCAAUUAAUUGGACGGAUUAACUUCGAUCGCUUUGGCGUAAAUGCUAUAUCAGGUAGAAUAAAACUUGCCACAGUCACUUCUCUCAUAGCCAUUCCUUGGCGGCCAACUCCUGAAGAACGCUAAAGGAUCUAGGUAUCUUUUUUUUUCAAACCAAGUGCAGAUGAUGGCGUAAUUGAUCGAUUUUGAAUGCCAAUCACACUUGAUGCGACAUCUCUGCGGCGGCAGCUUUUAUGAUGAGUUCUACCGUACCAGAGUUAAUAAAUAUUCACGAGAAUUGCGUAUUUGCAUUCGAAAAAAGUCGUAUUCUUAUAUGCGUCUAAGUUUAGUAUUAUGACUAUUUUUUCUUUUUCGUCGAAAAAACGUAAUUACGGAUGUUAAAAGCAAUAGAAUUUCACUGAUUUCGUAAUAUAUAGAUAUACUUCAACACAGAUGAUGUCACAUUGUUGUAGUUUUAAUAUAUGCUGUACUUUCGUCAAUUAUUGUUUAAUCGAAAAAGAAAAAAAAUGACCCAAUCAUUUUUGGUAUCGCUGCUCAAUUCGCCUUCAACAUUUUUUCAUGCAAAGACCCGAUUGUAGGUCAUCAGCUAGUGUCCAAUCAGGGAUGAGAGUGAGUCAGAACACAAUUGAAUAUUAGUAAAGGAUAGAUUGCGGAAAAGACUUUGAUAUCAGCACAAGUCCAGGGUGAAAUGCCAAAAAUUAGCUAUGCGGUCUGAUGAAUAUCUAGGAAGCUUGCUUCUGUAUUGUAAUAUACAAAUUAGUUCCUUCAUAAAAUAGGCGGCAAUAAGGAAUCAGAGAAAGAAGGUCAUUAAGAAAAGAACCACUUCCUUAUUUAUCGUAUUCAUGACUACCACCCAGAAAGUAGGAAAACGUUGAUACGCUCAACAAAUAACCAGGAUUGUUGUCAUUGUUUAAAAAAAAUUACAUUCAUAAAUAUGUAAGACUUGUGAGUAAUUAUGAAAGAAUCGUGGGUAGCAACUACAGAUUAGCGCAUGUAUGAAUCCCAAAAAUAUAGUAUUCGGUUCUGAGCGAUUAUUCAUAAUGUAAUAGGUAUCCAACUUCAAUAGAUUAGUAUAUAAAAUGUGUAACAUAUCUACAAAGUAACUCUAAUCAGGGAAUCAACAAGUGGGCCUAUAGUGAUAAAUUUGAGGCCAUAUAUACAGUCAUAAUCUUCUGCGCGUAUUUGUCCAUACGCCCUAUGCUGUGCAGAGUUUCAUUAAUCUGUUGGGUUUAAUUGUUAUUGUUUAUGUAAACAUAAUAAUUAUCUUCGAAUAUUACCAAAUUUCUUUAUUGGCUGAGCUACAAGGUUGGGUUUAAUAGUGAGAUUUGGAAAUAUGCGUAAACUUGCUUCCUUGAACCCUCCACUUUGCACUUCUUUUCUUCAUUUCACUCAUUUCGUUUAGUAGUAAAAAUUCAUGUUAAAAUCAUAUACUUUUCUGCGAAAUUCAUAUUUUGAAGAAAAGUGGUUACAGGAUGGAGAGAUAUGGAAAGUUAUUUUAUGACAUCGUUAAUGCUAAUAUCGUUUAUUCUUGUAAAUAAAUUGAAUAAUUUUACUAAGUUUAAAGACGACCAGACUGCAGCUAAUUUAGAAUGCUAUAAUUGUCUUUUU